AUGUCUGAAACCACUUCCAUGUCUUUAACAGAGAGAGUUUACAACCAUCUUUGUCUCUCCGAUGUUUCUCUCGCCUUGCUGGGACUGUUUGUUUUCUGUUGCUUGCGUGAGAAGGUAACGAAGAAGCCAGGGCCAACGGUAUGGCCCGUGUUCGGAGUUACUCCAGAGUUCUUCUUUAACCGGAAUGAUGUCUAUGGUUGGGUCACAAGGUGUUUGAAAAAAUGUCGAGGUACAUUUCUUUACCGAGGAAUCUGGCUUGGUGGUUCUUAUGGAGCUGUGACUUGUGUUCCUGCUAAUGUCGAGUACAUGCUCAAGACUAACUUCAAGAACUUCCCCAAAGGUCCCUUCUUCAAUGACCGGUUCAGUGAUCUGCUCGAAGAUGGUAUCUUUAAUGCUGAUCAUGAAUCUUGGAAGGAGCAAAGACGCAUCAUCAUAACCGAAAUGCAUUCAACCCGGUUCGUGGAGCAUUCCUUUCAGACGACACAGGAUUUGGUAAAGAAGAAGUUGUUGAAAGUGAUAGAAGGUUUCGCGAGGUCACAAGAGGCUUUCGACCUACAAGAUGUGCUCUUGCGCUUGACAUUUGACAACAUCUGCAUCGCGGGUCUAGGUGAUGACCCGGGAACUCUGGAUUCUGAUCUUCCUCUUGUUCCAUUUGCUCAAGCUUUUGAAGAAGCAACGGAGUCUACGCUGUUUAGAUUCAUGAUCCCUCCAUUUAUAUGGAAAACGAUGAGGUUCUUUGACAUUGGGUAUGAGAAAGGUCUCAGGAAAGCAGUUGAGGUCGUGCAUGAGUUUGUGGACAAGAUGGUUGUGGAUCGUAUCUGCAAGCUCAAGGAGGAAGAAACGUUAGGCAACAGAUCCGAUGUCCUCUCAAGAAUUAUUGAGAUUGAAAGUCACAAGAAGAGUGAUGAAAAAGAUCCUUCCAUCAUCAAAUUCUUUAGACAAUUCUGCACAAGUUUCAUCUUAGCUGGACGAGACACAAGUUCAGUUGCACUUACAUGGUUCUUCUGGAUGAUACAGAAACACCCACAAGUUGAAAACAAAAUCAUCAGCGAGGUCAGAGAGAUCUUGAGACAGCGAGGAGAUUCUGUAGCCAGCAAAACCGAGAGUCUCUUCACAGUCAAAGAACUAAACGACAUGGUAUAUCUACAAGCAGCACUUUCAGAAACUAUGAGACUUUACCCUCCGAUUCCAAUGGAGAUGAAACAAGCAGUUGAAGACGAUGUUUUUCCCGAUGGGACUUUCCUAAGUAAAGGUUCACGGGUUUACUUUGCGAUAUACGCCAUGGGAAGGAUGGAAUCCAUUUGGGGAAAAGACUGUGAAUCGUUCAAACCAGAGAGAUGGAUCCAAGCAGGGAAUUUCGUGAGCGAUGACCAAUUCAAAUACGUUGUGUUCAAUGCUGGGCCAAGGCUGUGUUUAGGGAAAACAUUUGCUUACCUGCAGAUGAAGACGGUAGCUGCUUCAGUCUUGUUGAGGUACUCAAUCAAGGUUGCUCAAGAUCAUGUCGUUGUCCCCAGAGUUACUACAACCUUGUACAUGAAGCACGGUCUCAAGGUCACCAUCUCGCCAAGGUCACUGGAAGAGAAGAUACACGUUCAAAAUUAG